CUCCCAUGCAUUUCUUCUUUAGAUCCCUUCCUUCUCUUUGUUCCUUUCCCAUUUUUAACUCCUUUUUAUAGCUUAAACAAACAUUAGAAACAAACCCUUUACCUCUUUCCUCACUCACUCUUGUAAAGCUAGCUCCUUUUUUCGACAUUAUCUAUAACAACAUGUCGGGUAGAUCUCGUUCGAGGCAAUCGAGUGCAAUAAGAAUCAGCGACGAACAGAUCACUGACCUCGUUCAUAAGCUGCAACAGCUCUUGCCCGAGAUUCGUAAUCGCCAUUCUGAUAAGGUUUCCGCUGCAAAGGUAUUGCAAGAGACAUGCAAUUACAUUCGAAGUUUACAUAGAGAAGUAGACGAUCUGAGUGAGAGACUGUCGGAGUUGUUAGCGACAUCUGACACAGCUCAAGCAGCCAUUAUAAGAAGCUUGCUCACACAGUGAGAUGUUUAAUAACUAUGAUAUGAUAUGAUGUUGCUAUAAGUAAUUAAAUGUUCGUCGGUUUAGGGUUUUUGGGUUUUGUAAAAGUUUCUCGUUAAAGGGUUUCAAUAAGAAAAAAGAAAAAAAAACUCGGGUUUUUUGUUACGUUAA